AUGAAUCUCUUCAAAAACCUGCUGGGACGGGUCUGGCACGAUCCUAACGCUGCCGAAGUCGUGAAGAUCUCGUCAGGCCAGCUCUAUCUCAUCCGACCAGGCAGCAUACGCUCAUCUCGCGAAUGCAUAUAUAAUGAUGCCAUGGCGACUAUUCGCCGCAUUCCAAGUGCUGAACAUAAUUUCCAUCUAGUGAUCACCAGGGUAUAUGAAGAGGGAGAUCAGGAGCUGCUAGAAGAUGAAGACGAAACUGAUGAAGAACGCUCUUUUCUCAUCGGAGAUGAACUAGAGUUUCGCUCGGGAGAGACCGAUGGCGAACCUACGUUUAUCUGGAGGGACCUCGAAGGAGACGUAGACGAGUUCUACGAAUAUGUGGCUACGAACACGAAUGCCCCGAUGAAGGUGUUCUUUGAGACAUGCAUGUAUCGGGCCAUGUAUGAGCGAAAGUAUAAAGUCAACGGGGACAACAUCUCAGAGAAGGAACUAGAGGAGUUCAUAUGGAAGCCAAAGUCGAAGGCACCUGCUUCAAAGAAGCAUGAGACACACGACAAUUCCCCUGCGACUUCUACACCCGUUGUCUCCCAGGCAAUCGCUAAGGGCAAAGCGAAGGCCGACGCCGUUAGCAAGGAGCCUACUACCACGCUUUUCUCCUCCGAGGCUGAGUUGUGGUUGUGGUGUCCUGAUGAAGUCCAAGAUGACGGUACUAUUGGGGUGUUCUUUAAUCAGGGGAUCGUCAUUGCCGAAAUCAUUCAACGCAAAGGCCAAUACAAGUUUUGGUUGACGGCCAAGACAGACGAUGACAUUCUCCUCGCCCAUGAAAUUUCUGCAGAUAUGAACCAUAGAUCGUCGACAAAGAUGUUUUCUCUUACUUGGAAUCAUUGGGAUGGCGAGGAGUCUUCAAGCUGGCUGGUCAAGUUCCCUCCCGAUCCGGAGCUUUAUAAUACUUUCCUCGAGCUAUUCCUUCAGGCACUCUGGGAAACUAAAUUCCAGAGCCCAUUCUCAAAACAGAAGGCGGAAGAUCAAAGGUACAUCUUUAGUGCCGACGAAGACGUUGUCAUGAUCGACAUUGAAGAUGAAGAGGACGAAGAGGAAGAGGUAUUGUCUGAACUAGAGCCUGAAGAUGACUACGGAUCUGAAGGCGAAGAAGAAGAGGAUGAUGUACCUUCUGAACUCCCAGGCGAGAAGAACUCGAUGCUCAUGGUCGGAUACAAAGGAGACCGUUCGUACGUCUUGCGAGGCAACAAGAUUGGGGUCUUCAACCAUACUGCCGACCACAAUGUGAAAUAUCAUCUAUCGAUUGGCAAUAUAAGUACCACGGGGGGGAAGGCGUUUACACCUAAACAUGUUAUGCUCCACGAACAAGACUCGAAGAUGAUUCUGAUGAAUCCUGCGGACCCCAAUUCCUUGUACAACAUGGACAUUGAGCGCGGCAAAGUCGUGGAAGAGUGGAAGAUUCACGACGACGUCACAGUUUCCCACAUCGCCCCCGAUAGCAAAUUCGCUCAGACUACUCACGAGCAAACACUUGUGGGUGCGUCGCACAAUGCGCUGUUCCGCAUCGAUCCUCGAGUUUCUGGCAAAAAGUUGGUCGACAGUCAGUAUAAGCAGUAUGCGGGGAAGAACAAGUUCUCAGGCGUCGCCACGACCGCGGCAGGGAAGAUUGCGGUUGCAAGCGAGAAGGGUGAUAUACGGCUCUUUGAUUCGAUCGGAAAGAACGCGAAGACGGCACUGCCUCCGCUGGGUGACCCUAUCCUUGGUAUUGAUGUGACGGCCGACGGACGGUGGAUUGUGGCGACGACGAAGACAUAUUUGUUGUUAAUUGAUACGCUUAUCGGGGAGGGGAGAUGGCAGGGUAGCCUCGGGUUUGAUCGGAGUUUCCCCGCAACCUCCAAGCCGAUACCUAGACGGCUCCAGCUGAGGAGCGAGCAUGUGGCCUAUAUGAACCAUGACGUUUCGUUCACGCCGGCGAGGUUCAACCAGGGCGAGGGACAGUCCGAAAACGCGAUCGUGACUUCGACUGGACAGUACAUUGUUGCAUGGGACUUUUCAAAAGUCAAGAAAGGCAUGCUGGAUAGAUACGAGAUCAAGAAGUACGAAGACUUGGUGGUGCAAGACAACUUUAAGUUUGGCGACGAUAAGGAGAUUAUUGUGGCGUUACAGAAUAACGUGCUAGCUGUGAACAAGAAGAGCCUGAGAAAGCCUACUCGGUACUCGUUAUCCGGACAAGUGGCCAGUGCGCGAGGACAUUCGAACAUUGUCAAUGCUCCGUACUGA